AUGAGCACUACUCAUAGGAAAGUAUCGGUUUUAUUUGUCUGUCUGGGAAACAUCUGUCGAUCUCCCAUGGCAGAGGCGGUUUUUGCCCAUCUAGUCGCACUCAACGGGCUUCAACACCGGUUUGAAACGAUUGCGAGUGCUGGCACAGCUGCGUACCAUGUCGACGAAGAACCUGAUCCUAGAACUGUUGCCGUUUGUAAGAGACAUAACGUGCCAGUCAACUCGGUCGCCCAACAAGUCCAACUCUCCGACUUUGAUACCUUCGAUUACAUCCUAGCAAUGGAUACGUCGAACCUUCGAAACCUGCGCGAGAUGCAACCUCCUCAGUCUAAAGCCCAAGUCAAGUUAUUCGGUGAAUAUGGCGAUGGUGAUAUUGUGAAAGACCCAUACUAUGGAGCAAACGACGGAUUUGCGUACAAUUUUAAACAAUGUGCAGACUACUCAGUCGGCUUCAUCAAAUCUUUCGGAUUCAACCAUGUGUCAUCAAUCCUCUAA